AUUCGCGUCCUACGCGGUGACACCUGUCGUUUACCAAAACACAUCCACUUGGCAUGCAAUGAGUACUUCUCUUGAUGGUGGGUCUGUAGCUCUUGUGAAGUCGUGGUUGUCGACGAGUUUUGCUCACGAGCAGUACUUGCCGUAUCACGUUCCCGGAAUUGUCUCUGUUUUAUCUCAGCAAAAAUGCAUCGACAGUCUUGGUCAUAAUGAAAACGCGAAUUUAUUACGCAAAAAAUGGUGUGCACGCCUCAGUUCUCUACUCCAGUCGAAGGAUGCUCGUGUCCGGUGGUCGGCCGUGGUUUUGAUUCACAGUACAGUCUCACAAAGCUGGGAGUGUGUGUUGGAAUAUGGUGCAACAUGGUCUCGUCUUCUUGUUGCAAUCUUAAACAAACCAGAAGCUCCUGCUACGUUGAACUCGACUAUGAUUGCUAUUGCAACCCUGUUCAACGCCGCGUUUGGCCAUGCAAGUUUGACACGUGAAUUUGUUACUCCCAACUUGGCUCCCUUUUUGACAUUUUGUUUUCGGAUUGCUGAGAACGGCAAGUGUUCCGAUACACUGUACACUUGUUUGUACAAGGUAAUCCUUCAUCAUCCUACAACCUUUCGUCCUUUUAAGUCUCGGAUGCAGAACAUGUGUAUCGAAACCUUAGAAAAUCCAUCGACUUCUAAAAAGCUGAAGGAAAAGGCCGCAGUUUGCUACGCCGAACUAUACAGAUGCGGUGGAAAGGCUAAUUUUGCUGACAAUUGGAAGCGAGAGCUCAGCGUAGUUAUUCGUGAGUUUCAUGCAGCUUUGGAUUAUUUGUUUCAGUUCGUUGAAGAGCCGACAGCCAAGGCUAACAUUCGUCCUGAGGAAUUGGUAUUUCCCGUGAUUACUGGUCACUACGAAGAGAAAGCACAACAAGCGCUGGAUCGUUGCUCUAACAUGCUUCUCAUCAUUCAAUCGUACCUUUCCUCAUCCACCGAAAAAAGGGUUUCGAUUCCUGUAGAGUCCUUGUACGGAUUGGUACAGCGUCUGUACGGUGUGCAACUUACCUCUCCUGUUUUGUCACCGCAAGAACAGUCUUUGCAUUCCCUGCUGUUUGCUGUUUUACCCACGGUUCACAGCAUGGCUAACAAGCUUUGCAAGUUGCUGCUUACGGUCUCCCCUGCUGCUUGUCUCAUUCAGCUUGCCGAUCUUUUGGAUGGUUUGAAUGACUGUCUCAUUGCCGAACAUUCGAAUGUUCAAGUUUUCUGCUCGGCCAUCGAUUUGUUGUCGUUAUUUCUCAAAAAAACAAAUGCGAAUAUUGCGUUCCGUCAUUUUGAAAAUCCUCUGACGCUCGUGCUGAAUCGACUUCACAGCACGCUUGAGGGCGGCUUCGCAUCAGAGUCCGGUAAAAUGGCGUCUAAAGACAAUGAUGCUCGCCAGCCCUCUAAGAAGCGGAAGACCGCUGUUAAUGAGCAUUCUUCCGAUGCUUUGUUGGAUGUAAAUGCCUUUACACUCAAACUCGAGGAAAAGGUCAUGAAAUGCUGCGUCGAGUUCAUUAUUUCUGUCUUGACCUUUGCAUCUGAACUUCCCCGAAUGCUUCGCUCUAAUAUUGAUUUACUGCUUCUGCAGCUCACCUUCUCCAACCCGCCCGCUUCCGUCCUUGUCCUGUUACACCAAGCUCUCAUGUCUUCUGUUGCCUCUGUUGGUGACGUGCAAGCUGUUAUUCUUCCUCAUGCACAACAACUGCUGUCGGGACGCUUCGGCGUCGUCCAUCCUUCUCCUUUGGUGAACCAAAAGGCUACGCUGCUUUUGACUGAAUUAGAGAACUUUGUUCAUCCACGCUUCCCUCCGCUUCAAAAGCGUUUAGAGCUCUCCUCGGAGGAGUCUGCGUUUACCGCAAACUUCGCACCCGUCUCUUUCCACAAGCCUGGCGAGGCUAGUCCAGCAGAACAUGAUUUUGCAGCUACUUCUUCGAGCCUUCAAGUGUCUGAAACACUUCAAGAUCAAGCUAUGCAGGAAGACCGCACCGAGAUUAUUUCGUCCGUUUUAGAAACAAAUAAGUCCACGGUUAUUUCUCGUCACGCUUCGCCCGAGAUGGCUCAUGAAUUUGACAUGCAUGAGACUGAAGAGGAAGUUAACACUGAAAGUGUCGUUACUCCCGAUACCCGCAGUUCACUAAGUUCCGCCAACUCUGCCAGCACAAAUCUCAAUUCCGACAAAACUACUGCCGUAGAAAAAAUUCGAACAGAGGAGACUGUACAAACAGUUACAGAAGUGACAACGACAACCACCACUGUUGAUACUGUCGAAAGUGUUAAGGCUACUACUGCCGAAACAGCUGUGACUUCUCCCAACCCCGACACUAACGCUGUUACUGAAGAGGUAGAAAAGGGGCAGGGGGAGACUGUCAUAAAUCAAAAUGCUAUGGAAGUGGAUGCAGUCCCUUCUAAUAUGGCAGACUUUCCUCCAAGCGCUCAGGAGGAAAUUCGCUCCGCAGCCGAAGCUGCGUUGGCGAAUCCAAUUGAAGAUGCAGACUUGGAAGAAGAACUUGAUGAGAUUCCAAGUAUCAACUUGGAGCAAAGUAGUAGUAGUGAAGAUGAAGAUGAAGAUGAAGAGUAGUCAAAACGAGCGGAUGGGUCUGCUCUACUAUCUACUACUAAAAAAACGCACCUGUAAUUUCGAAAUCUACCUGUACAUGGCAAAAUAAAAAUACAGAGUCUUCUCCUUCAGUAA